GACGGAGAAGAGAUAAAAACAGACGAGACGAUCCGUACGCUGGCGCAGAAGUGGCAGCCGACCAGACGGCCUCGCUCCGAGGAGAGGAACACAAAGGCCGUGGACACGGAUAUGAUCGUGGUGUCCUGCGUGUCCAAACCCAGUCACUGUGAAAAGGCCACCGAGGAGAUCAACGUCGUGGCCCAGAAGCUCAUCACAAAUUCAGAGAGCGACCUGCAGCUCAGUUACGCCAAACAGAGGCGCACCAAAAGUUCAGCCCUCCUGCACAAGGAGCUGGACGUGCGGAGCAACCGGGCAGUUCGUCAAUACCUGGUGAAGGUCAACCAGGCCAUCGCCACGCUGUACGCCCGCCACGUGCUGGCCUCGCUGCUGGCCGACUGGCCCGCGGAGGCGGCGCUGAGCGAGGAGGCCCUGGAGCUGAACGGCGCCUCACACAUGGCCUACAUCCUGGACAUGCUGAUGCAGCUGGAGGAGCGGCCGCUCUGGGAGAAG